AAGGGCAUUUUGCGAGGCAUUAGAUCUAUUUAGUUUGACGUAUCCUCUAAUUUCAACAGGUUGAUAGGACAGACUGUUAGUUUAGGACGUACACUCAUUAUAAGAGAGCUGGAUACCUCAUAUGUCAUCGUCUUAUCGCAUACUACCGUAUAGCAUUGAUAAACUUCAGCUGCUAGACGGGACAAGCAGGACGACAGUGUAUAGUGCUUGACCAUCACUGCGCUUGCAAGCUUGUACAUUCGGCCAAAGAAACACGGAUAACCAUUGACAGCAUUCAUGCGACCACAUUACUCCGAUUUCCAACGUUGGCUUCAAGUUGCUUGCCGUGUUGUUAACUAACUUCUCUCGGAGUACAUUUCUUGUAAUCAGAAGCUCAGGCCAAACUGAGCAUGCCCGAUGCGAAGAAAUAAGAAGACACGUGGUCGUCAUCACUGAGGAUACGUACGAUUCUACUGCUGUCUGAAACAUUUGCUGGAACAGCUUCAUCGUCUCUUCGACAAUGAGCACUGACGCGGAGCCACAGGCGGACACCGCCUUUAUCGAGAAAGGCGGCGUCGUUGACAGCGACGGCAAUGGCGAGGAGAGCUUUCGCGGCAACCACAGACGCGCCAGCAGCACCAGUAAUAACAACAACGACGCGCCGAUGAUCAACAUUGAUCCCGGUGUCGAGUCUGGUCUACUGCUCCGCGUCCCGGACCUCCCGUUCCCUCGAGGUUCCACGUCGGCCGAGUCUCUGAGCACUUCGACUAACCAGUUUCUCAAGCUACCGGUGUCCGGCGAGCACCGGCGCCACUCGAUGCAGGACUGCAGCAACCACCACGGCCAUCACCACCGACACCGGCACCGCGACCGCAAACGCUCGUGCCCCGACGUGCGGGGUGCGGCCUCGGCGGACCGGAGACGCCGGGGAAGCCGCAGCCCGCUGGCACCCCACGGUCUGGCGGUGGGAGCCGGAGCGGAGUCGAUGAGCGUGACCCCUUCGUCAUCGCGACGUUCUAGCGCCAGCAGCCUGAGCCGCCGCUCGUCUCGGGACAGCGAGAGCUGCCCGCACAGCCGUCGCUCGUCCCGGGCUGAAGAAGGAAGCCGCAGGUCUUCUAAAUGCGACGACAGCCGUCGCUCGUCGCGCGCCACCGACGACACCGGAGGGGGUGGCCACAGCAGUCGUCGCUCGUCGCGAAGUGUCGGCGAGGACGAGCGACGUUUCUCGGACGACAAGCACCACCACCACCGCUCCUCGCACCACACGCACAGGCGCGAGUCUGCGGCGGCCGGAACCGAAGCGUGCCACCGGAAGGGCAGCUCUCUGCUUCCGCCGGACGCGGACACCGGUAGCCGCAGGGCCUCCAAGGUGCCCUCUCUUCUGGUCACCGAUGAAGAGACCGGACAACAGCGCAAGCCCGACGACGAACUCGACUCGCCCAAGCGCCGGAUUAUAAUUCUGGUGAUCAGUUCAGUGGCGUGCUUCAUUCUACUCAUGAGUGUUGUGCUCAUCGCCGUCACCCUCACCAUCUCGCCGGCUAUCGACAGCAUAGUGCCGGCCGGACACCCACCGGUUCCCAAUGGGCACAAGCGGGCUCCGGGUUGA